AUGGAAAAACUAGAAAAUCUAGAUAAACUUUCUGACCAAUCAGAAUUAGCAAAAGAUAUAUUCAAAUUGAACCAAAUAUUAUUAACCAGAGAUAAAAAUAUAAAAUAUCUAGAUAAUUAUAGAAAAGCUAGAUUCCAUAAUGGCUACUAUGAUAACAUAGAAAAAGACAAGAUCGAUAAACUUGAUGACAAAUAUCUCAUUAAAGACAAGCAAUUAUUGCACAAUUUACGUAAACAAAGAAUAAAUGAUCUACAAAAUCCAGUCCCAAAAAGACCAGCUCCUGAAAAUAAUCAACUAACCACAGAAUACCCCAACAGAAAUACAGAUAAUACAACUCUAAUAAGAAAUGAAAGAGAAACAGCUAUAGUACAAAUUAACUUUAUUAUUAAUAAAUACAAAAAAACACUGAAUGCAAAUGAUCUAAAAAAAUUUGGUCAAAUGCAAACCAAUAAG